UAUAGUUGUAUCACUCGUAACUGAGAACUCGUAUGUCAACAAUACGUAUAUACAGUCGGGUCCUUAUGGAUACAUUGUUUUUUAAUUUUGAUAAUUACUUAUAUUAUUAAUAAAUAAUAAUCCAAUGGUUUUGAGUGUAAGGUGUCCUUUGAAUUUUGAGUUCUCACUAAAAAUUACUAGCUAAUAACUAGAACAUUUUAACAUUGAUUAUUGUAUGCGUAAAUAUACCUUAUCGAACUAUAAUAUUAUAAUAAUACAACUACAAACAUUGAGUCAGAUAAUACGUCAUACAUGUACCCGACUAUCAACUGAUAUUUCGUCGGAAUCGGAUUAAUUCGUCGUCAAAGGUCUAUCAGUUCGCUUAGUUAUCUUUGUUCCGUGAUUCUGUUGUUUGCCGUCGCCCUUUUGUUCGCCUAAAAGUUGAAAGUUUUUAACUUUUUUGAAUUUAUUUUAGAAGUUAGCAAAUUUAAUUUUUGAAAACUUUUGGAAAAAUGGAUGUUGAAGACGUUUUAAGUGAUGUGGUCACCAUGGAAGAUUUAAAGAAAUUUGAAAGAGAAUAUCAUAAUCAACUCACUACAGGAACUGUUACACAAGAAGCAAAGUUUCAUUAUGCUUGGUGCUUAGUGAGAAGCAAUUAUCCAGCUGAUAUUAGAAAAGGACUCAUAUUAUUAGAACAGUUGAUCAAACAUGAAGCUAGUGAUGAAGAUUCUAAACGAAACUACCUUUAUUACUUAGCAUUAGGAAAUUCAAGAAUUAAAGAAUAUAGUACAGCUUUACAAUUUAUCAAAGCAUUUUUGCAUAUGCAACCUGAAAAUAUGCAAGCACAGAACUUGUUGGUCACCAUUCAAAAGAAAAUGGAAUCUGAUGCACACAAAGGAAUGGCAGUGGCUGGAGCUUUAGCAUUAGGCCUUAGUGCUGUUGUUGGUAUUGGGUUUGCAUUGGCAAAAACCUUAAAAAAGUAAUCAUUCCAUUUAGUUAAAUCUAUUGAUUACAAUUUUAUACCUGUAUAUAUUCCAAACUAUUAAAUUGAUUUAAGCUUAAAAUUUAUUACUGUUUAUAAGCCAAACAUAAUUCAAUAUAAUAUAACAAAAUAUAUCAUGUACAUAUUAAUACCCUCAUGCAUUACAUGAUUGUAUUUAGCAAACAUCUUAGAUAAUAAUAGUAAUAAUAAUAAUAAAAAUAUGCAAAAAUAAAAAACCAGUUACAUAUUAUGCUCUAAUUGUAUUAAAGACAUGCACAAUGAUAAUUGUUUUUAAAAUACAUUUUUACAUUAAAAUAAAAA